AUGUCUGGAAAUGCGUCUUUUGCCAAAAUCGCUUUCCCGCCAGCACCUCCUAACGGGCAGAGGCGGAGUCUUGUCACAUCCUGGGCACGUCCCUUGAGGACGCCGCAGUAUGCCUACGACCACGAUGAUAUGUAUCUUGCCAUGGAAGAUGGUGACAUCUACUUUUUAGAGGUGGAUACCCAGGGUCCAAAUUUGAUUCAAUUGGCCAAUAAAGCCUGCCGUCUUGAUUGCUCGAUUGGCACAGCGUUUGCAUCCUUAGAUUUCGGUCUUAACAAAAAUGACAUGCUUGUUGCUGGUGGGGAAAUGAGCAGUGGUGGAGUGUACCUUUUAAAGAUAGGGCCACAUCCGGCUGAGACUGAACCAAAAUUAGAGGAGUCUGUGGCCAAUUGGUCACCGGUUUUCGAUUUUGAGCUUGUUAACCUGCCUGCCCAAGGUCAUGCCAGUGGAAAGGUGGAAAGAGAUCGGAUUCUUGCUUGCACGGGUCGUGGGGAUCAUGGAGCAAUUACCGAACUUCGUUAUGGAAUACAGGCGAGGAUUCAGGGAUCAGCGGAUCAUCAGAUGAGAGGUGUUCGAAGGUUGUGGGUACUGCCAGAUUGUUCGGAUGUCGGUUACUUCCUGUUCUCGUCGCUACCAGAUCAGUCAAAUUUAUGUUUCUUGAAACCAGAUGGAGAAUGGGAGGACGCAAGUGAUCUUGAAUUGUUGGAUAUGAACGAAACUACUCUAGCUGCUGGCGCUGUGGGGAAGCAUUCGGUGCAGGUUACUCCAAGCACAAUUAAUAUCGCACAGUUAAAGCAUGCGAGUCUUGCGAACCACCGAGAGGUUAGCAGGGACGUUGAAAUGGCAGAUGAGCCGCAGUUGUCAAUUCUGAGAUGCCGAUGCGGUGGCGGAGAUGUUAUAGUAGCCGCAGCUUUGAAGGGGAAUUAUAUUGUAGUCGCUACCCGUAAUGGGUUUCUAGUUAAGUUGACAUUAGCUACCAUUGUGGUCGACGAAAAUAUCGAAGAUUUUCUUAACCCUAUUGGAAUUCCCACAAGUUUAGCCGAGGAACCGACUUUUAUUUCGGUAUUGGAAAUCAAUGGCCGAAUAUUGGCUGCGGUAGGAACCCGACAGGCUACGAUACAAUUAUUUCUUUUCGAUUUCUCAAAUGGGCUUGUGCCUCUCCUAGAAAAGUCAAUGAUGAGCGAUAGUUGUCAAGGGGAGCAGGACUUGUUCAUUUGCGAAUGUGCUGUCAUUAUCCGGGCGAAUGGAACGGCGCGACUGCUGUGCGGCUUACGAGGAGGCACUGUUGUGGUGAUGGACAUACAAUGGCAACGAGGCCUCAGUCUAGAGAGGAUCGACGGAAUCAAAUUUGGCCCAACACCAGUCCAAAUAUACCCAGAUGUUGGUCGUAGCGAUUCCGCAUUCAUUUUGGCUGGGCCGGAACUAUUUCGGUUUGAUUUGCCAAGCGGUAACUUUAGGGCAUCUCAAGUUGUGUUUGAAGAGUCUGAAGUUGAGCCUUCUCUUGUGGCUUUCGUCCAAAUCGAUACCUCGCCAGACCCCGAAAACAUCGUUGUCGGCGUUACGAAGGAUCAAAUUUUUUUCGCCGAUGUAGGGGAAAGCGAGAAGGUUUGUGUCCGGAGGCUAAGGCUCUACGAGACACCAAGAAGGCUCCUGUUCUAUAAGCCUUUGAACGUCUUGAUCGUUGCCUGUUCUAGGACUGCUUCCGACGAUCCACGCGUCGAGAGCGAAAAGCACAUACCAGGAAAACGCAAAUCCUUCUGCUCGUUGCGAUUUAUAGACCCAAGAACGUGA